AUGCUCAUCAACGAGCACACUGCAAUUUGUACCAGCCAAAUAAUUUUGGUACCCUACUGCAAGCAUCAUGUUUCGCAAUAUCACGAGUGGAUGAAAGAUCCUAGCAUUCAACAAGCGACAGCCUCCGAGCCGCUGACAAUCGAGGAGGAAUAUGCAAUGCAGCGAAGCUGGCGACAAGAUGCUGAUAAACUCACAUUCAUCACCGGUGUUGCCAAAGGCCCUUUCCCCAAAGGAUAUACGGUCAACGGCGACAUCACCAUGAUUGGAGAUGUCAACCUGUUCGUCACAAUCGAGCACAAUGAUGAAAUUGAGGCAGAUGCACUGAUCGGAGAAUUGGAGCUCAUGAUUGCCGAAAAGUCAAUGCAAGGCAAGGGAUUGGGCCGCUCUACGAUCAUUUGCUUCCUACAGUAUGUCAUUGCGAACGAACAAAAUAUUGUGAAAGAAUACUGUUCAACGGAACCCGACCUCCAGAAGCAGAGCAUCGACUAUUAUAGGGUCAAAAUCGGUAAGGACAACGAGCGAAGCCUGAAAAUGUUUGCUGCCCUGGGCUUUAGAAAGGUCGGAGACGUCAGCUACUUUGGGGAGAUUGAGCUGCGGAGGACCUUCACACCUCAAGAUGUGCACGAACUCAGAGAGAAGCAUGGCCUCGAAGAGGCUUGGGAACUCAGAUAUGAAGACCCAUCCGAAGCAUUAGAAUCUUGA